AUUCUGUGCUUUGCUAUAUUUUUUUUAUAUCUGUGCGUUCCUAACAAAAAACAGAUUCCUCUUUGAAAAAACAGUUGGUGAUGUUGAAAGAUUUUUCUCUUAAAUUUUCUGUAAAAAUAAAUAACAUACUAUAAAAUGGCUGCCUCUGAAUUAUCAGAAAACUACGGGAAAUUGCGUGAAAUGCUUGACGAUGCCUUGAAAUUGUACAACAAAAUAGAAGAUUCUUCUGAGCCAACAAGUAGUGAAGGUGUACAAGCUUCUAUUAGAAGGGGUAUAGAAAUAUGUGAAGAAGCAACUAGAAUGGUAUCGUAUGCAGGCAUAUUCAGUAGGAAUGAAGGACUCUCAGACAUGGCAACAGCAGAUAUUCAGUACCUAUUACUACCUGUUUUAUUAGGAAGAUUCACAUCACAAUUGGUUACACGGGAGAGAGCAGAUUUAUUAAGAAUUACUGAUAUAUAUUAUAUAGAUUUUUUACAAAGAACAAAGGAUUAUGGUUUGAGUAAUUAUGAACUUGAUGGCACUGAUAAUAAAGAAGAGAAAAAAAAAAGUGACACCACAUCUGUAGAUGAUGCUUGUAAAUUUCGAAAUAUGAAGCUUAAACAGUAUGGCGAGAAGAAGAAAUUCCUAACUCUUGUAACAGAUUUGAAGAAACGAUUAGAUAAUGCUGAUGAUUCUACGAAAAGGGAAUAUUAUAUCAAUCUGAUAAAAUAUUUUGUUUGUGUUGCUAUAGAAGAAUUAAAUUCCAACAAAAUGGAAAAAGAAAUACUGGAGAAAAUGCAGAAACAUGGGCCAACUUCGAACAUUCCUGUGAAACCUCGACCCUCCAAGGCUCCCCAAGCAGUGAUUAUAACUAAGGACAUGGUCCAAAAAGCUGUUUUUGGUGCUGGGUAUCCUUCACUGCCUACUAUGACGGUUCAGGAGUUUUAUGAUAAAAGAGUGCAUGAUGGUAUAUUCCCAGAUCCUACAAAGCCAAAAAAAGGACCCAUGAGCUUGCAAGAAGCUUCCUUGGCUGGGCUAUCAAUUGAUGAUGAGAAGGAGAAAGAAAACGAAGAAGAGGAAAUCAGAACAGAAAGAGAUGAUGAAGAAUAUCUGAGAAAUAAAAGAGAUCAAGAUGAUUAUAAGGAUGAUCAUAGGAGAGGAUGGGGUAAUAGAGCCAACAGAAGUUGACUGUACAAUAAAAAGUACACAAUCCAUAUGUAUGACUGAGUAAUAUUAAAGAAUUCUAGACUUUUAA